GACGUCGUAUUCAAUGCAGUACACAAGAUUCCGAUUUGGGCUACACUGAUGUUGUACGGUUGAUAAUAAAGUUGGUUGGUGGGAGCUUGUUGGAUUAGGUGAGUUGCUAGAGAUCUGCUAACCUGCAAGUGUUACAUCUGAUCUGAAAUGGAUGCCAAAGGUGAAGCUGACGGAUUGAAGCCAUUAUCAGACUUAGCUCAACAGCUCCGCCUCCGUCAGGCUGUCAACGUAGGAAGUCGUGACAACCAACCAAGAUCAAGGAGUGAAAGAAGAGCUGCAGUUCUGGUCUGCAUCUUUCAAGGAAACGAUGGUGAACUACGCGUCAUUCUUACUCAGCGUGCCUCCACUCUCUCGUCUCACUCUGGAGAAGUAGCGCUUCCUGGUGGAAAGAUGGAGGAAGGCGACAAAGAUGAAGUUGCAACCGCGUUGAGGGAAGCAAAGGAGGAGAUUGGUUUGGACCCUUCACUUGUAGAUGUUGUUUCUGUUCUUCAACCUUUCACUAUGAAGAAUGGUAUGGUAGUAGUGCCAGUGCUCGGCCUACUUUUCGACAAAACUGCAUUUCAACCCACCCCAAACACUGCUGAAGUCGAGGCGAUAUUUGAUGUUCCCUUGGAUAUGUUUCUCAAGGAUGAGAACCGAAGAGAAGCGGAGCGCGAAUGGAUGGGAGAAAAGUAUCUUCUUCAUUACUUUGAUUAUGAAGUAGAUGGUACAAAAUUCGUCAUCUUUGCUUUGACUGCUGGAUUUUUGAUAGAAACUGCAUCAUUGGUGUACCAGCGAUCACCUGCAUUUGUAGAGAUGAAGCCUAAUUUCUGGAAUAAACUUGGCAAUACUAGUAAUAAUUUGUAAUUCCGGUAUUUUCCUUUUUUUCACAACACUUAGUUCAUACACCCAGGAGUAUGAUGUGUA